CUGACACCCCGUCAUGUUAAUCAAGCGGUUUUUUUCCCCAUUCAGCACAGCUCAGAACAGGCAGCUUUCCUCACUUCAGUGUCUCCCUGCCGAGUAUGUGAGAUGGACAAUGUCUACGGCAACGCAGAAAUAGUGUUCUCUCACCUGGAGAAGAGGCAAGCGGCAGAUCUCUUCAAAGGAGAUCAGGAUAUCUAUGCCAAUGCUGCUGAGCAGGAGUCAGGAGAGAAACAGAACUGCCCUGUCGAACACACAGGCUCCUCUCCUCUUUCGGCAGCAGAGAACAGUGGCGCCACCCGCAGGUGCAGCCUGGCCCUGCUAGCUGUACUCUGCCUCGCUCUGCUGGGUGGUCUCACUGCCCUGGGGAUCCUGUACGUUCAGAAAAGCAACAGAUCGGAUGCCCUGGAGGAGGAGAACAGGGAACUCUCCAUCUCUCUGUCUUCUGUGGAGCAGAGGCUAGCAGGAACUGAAAGAAAGUUGGAGGAACUGCAAGUGAGACACAGAAAUGCAUCAGAAACACUCUCUGCUUAUCGAGACAUAAAGAGAAAUCUGGAGGAGCUGCAAGUCAAGCAUACAGAUCUGUUGAAAACUAUUUCCCAUUACAAUGCUAUGGACGGAUGUGCAUGCCUCACUGGAUGGAGAAUACACCAGGGAAAGUGUUACUUCUUCUCCACUGAGAAGAUGAACUGGUCUCAAAGUCAGGAGUACUGCACCUCGAAGGGGGCACAUCUGGUCAUCAUAAACAACCAACAAGAACAGAAUUUUGUGUCGUCCAGGAUUAGUGAGACGCACUGGAUUGGGCUGAGCGACCGGGACACAGAGGGACAGUGGGUCUGGGUGGACGGUACGCCUCUUGACAGAAGCGGAACCCAGUACUGGUGGGCAAAGGAGCCGGACAACUGGAUGGGCGCAGGGGACCCGUUCGGAGAAGACUGCGCAGCUCUGGGGGACCACAACGGAAACCACACUUCCUGCGCAGCUCAGUACAGACAGCUUUCCUCACUUCAGUGUCCGCCCUGCCCGGUCUGUGAGAUGGACGUCUACAGCAACGCAGAAAUAGUGCUCUCUCACCUGGAGGAGAGGCAAGCGGCAGAUCUCUUCAAAGGAGAUCAGGAUAUCUAUGCCAAUGCUGCUGAGCAGGAGUCAGGAGAGAAACAGAACUGCCCUGUCGAUGGGAACGGUGGCACCCCCUGCAGGUGCAGCCUGGCCCUGCUAGCUGUACUCUGCCUCGCUCUGCUGGUUGGUCUUACUGCUCUGGGGAUCCUGUACGUUCAGAAAAGCAACCGAUCGGAUGCCCUGGAGGAGGAGAACAGGGAACUCUCCAUCUCUCUGUCUUCUGCGGAGCAGAGGCUAGCAGACAUUAAGAGCAACUUGGAGGAGCUGCAAGUCAAGCAUCUGUGGAAAAUUAUUUCCCAUUACAAUGAAUGCAAUAAGAGGAAAGUGGACCUUGCCUUCCUGUUUGAUGGGUCAGAAAGCCUGACAGCAGACGAUUUUAAGAAGAACAAAGACUUCAUUGCUGACAUGAUGAAGACACUUUCAAAUACCUCUACACAGUUUGCAGCAAUGCAGUUUUCGAAGAGGUCCCGCACUGUUUUCACCUUUAAAGACUACCAGGAAAAGAAGGCAUUGGAUCUCUUAGAAAAGGAACAACACAUGAAGGACCUCACCAACACAUAUGGUGCAAUGAACAAUGUUCUAAACGAUAUUUUGAGCAGCACAACAGCUGGUGCCAUUCCAGGUGCUACAAAGGUUCUAGUCAUCAUCACAGAUGGAAAUCCAUCUGACAAGGAUUGGACAAAGGUCAUCAAAACUAUGGAUGACAGGCAUAUCACCCGUUAUGUUAUUGGGGUUGGGAAUGUCGCCCGGGAGACACUGACAGCCCUGUCAUCACAUCUCCCCAACAAGAAUACUACCUUCCCCAUAAAUGACUACGAUGGACUGAAGGGAGUCUUGGAUAGUCUACAGAAACAGAUCUACAACAUUGAAGAUUGACAGCACUGUCAUCGUGCUGAUGGAUGAUGCAACUCUGGCAAAUUACAUCCCCUCCUACAGAGACCAAAUUGCCGUCUUCAAUUUCAGCAAAAGUCUCCUCUCAAAAUGAUUAGAUGGAUUACAUCAGUUUUGGUGCUCACAACAAUUUCUGCAAUGCCGGAUUUGGAUGACUUAAUCAGACUAUACUUCAGACUUUCUUUCAGUAACAAAGAAAUACUUGCAAUUUUAGCACAUAACAAUGAUAAAGAGGCUAUAUGAAACUAUCGGCUAAACAUAUUUUACUUUUUUUUACCAUCAAAAUGAAAUUGUGUGUUUCAUGUAUUGUAUGCAUUAUGUAGAAUGUUUCAUGCAGGGACCGCUUUUAGUUAGCGCUUUAGUUGAGAUCUCUUGUAAAGCCUCUUUAACGGUAAAAAGGUUAAAUGUUACUUUUAACAUUGAAAUGUUAGUUUAAAAAAUUGACCCAUUCUGGUUAUGCUCUUUAUCGACCUGCCUAUCUGGUUAUGACAUUUAACCAUGUCAUUAUUGGUAUUACUAAGAAAAUGUAUUUUUAUAUUAAUUUUUAAUGUGAACUAAAUGUUACUUCUUCCACCACAUUUGUAUUCACGUCUUCAGUUGAAUGUUGAUCUAAUGUUGAUCAAACUCCUUAUCCAUAUGGGUAAAAAGUGAUGGGGUAAAUAAGGUUUAAAAUGCAGUUGUUCAAGAAUGUUACGGACAGAAGUGUGUGGACAAUUUACAUGAGUGAAAUGCACACUGCAUUGCAUGGGCAUUCUGAGAAUACAGUAGGGCUCUGAAAUUACAAAUAACAACUGACUCAUUUAAAGGUGCAGUAAAUAAUUUCACCAGUACCAGGUGCCAACUAGCCACCAUUAUACAGAGGUAGGGGUUUACCUAGA